GCAGCAGAGCGCCGACCCACCGGAAGUAAACAGAGGAUGAAGAGCAGAGCCUAUAGGUAGCAUCAUGUAGCUGCAGGUUCCUGCGGGUUUCAGUGGUUCUUCUAAGUCUGUCUGCUGACUCGGAAUGAAGCAAGCAGAACCAGCAUCUGGGAAGAGCCUGUGACCAUGUGACGGUGGCCCUCCGUGGGUCAGUUUGGGGGUGGUCUUUGUGGAUUUGUGGAGGAUCCUCCGGGAUGGAGACCUGGACCCCGAACCCCCGGGCCAAGCCGUUCAUCCCGCGGCAGCAGAGGAGCUGGUACCUGACCUGGAAGUACCGUCUGACCCAAAGGAGGAGCCUCCGGAAGUUCUGUCAAGCCGGUGCCAUGCUCUUCCUCCUCGUUACCGUCAUCGUCAACAUUAAGCUGAUUCUGGACACCCGGAGAGCUGCUGAUGAAGACGCUCCAGCUCAGGAAUACGAGGAUGUGAUUCCCAACAUGGAGACUCCUCGCAGGCCGGCCAGCGGACGCAAAGUUCUGGACAUCGAGGUGUACUCGAGCCGCUCUAAGGUCUACGUGGCUGUGGACGGCACCACGGUUCUGGAGGACGACAUGCAGGAACAGGGCCGAGGGAUCCAUGUGAUUGUUCUGAACCAGGCCACUGGUCACGUGAUGGCCAAGAGGAUUUUUGACACCUACUCCCCUCACGAGGACGAAGCCAUGAUCCUCUUCCUCAACAUGGUGACUCGUGGUCGGAUCCUCAUCUUCACCAUAAAGGACGAGGGGACGUUCCACCUGAAGGACGCUGCCAAGAACCUCCUGAAGAGCCUGGGCAGCCAGGCAUCCCUGAACCUGAGCUGGAGAGACAUGUGGACCCUGGUGGUGAAGAAAGGAGGUCCAGUGUGCGGAGAGAAGCACUCCAAGUCUCCGGCUCUGUCCACGUGGGGCGAUCCGGUUCUGCUGAAGACCGAAGUGCAGCUCACCGCUGCUGAAGAGGCGGAGUGCCACUGGGCCGACACGGAGCUCAACAGGAGGAGGAAGUUGUUCUGCAGCAAAGUGGAAGGAUACGGGAGCAUCUGCAGCUGCAAGGACCCGGCGCCCAUCGAGUUCAACCCCGAUCCUCUUCCCAACAAUAACGUCUUCAACGUUCCGGUGGCCGUCAUCGCCGGGAACCGACCCAACUACCUGUACCGGAUGCUGCGAUCGCUCCUCUCGGCUCAUGGAGUCAACCCGCAGAUGAUCACCGUCUUCAUCGAUGGAUACUAUGAGGAGCCAAUGGACGUGGUGGAGCUGUUUGGACUAAAGGGCGUUCAGCACACGCCCAUCAGCAUCAAGAACGCCCGCGUGUCCCAGCACUACAAAGCAAGUCUGACGGCCACCUUCAACCUUCACCCUGAUGCUGGCUUUGCCAUCGUUCUGGAGGAGGACCUGGAUAUCUCUGUGGACUUCUUCAGCUUCCUGAGUCAGACCAUCCACCUGUUGGAUCAGGACGACAGCCUAUACUGCAUCUCGGCCUGGAACGAUCAGGGCUACGAGCACACGGCCGAGGACCCCGGCCUCCUCUACAGGGUGGAGAGCAUGCCGGGUCUGGGCUGGGUGCUGAAGAAGAGCAUCUACAAGGACGAGCUGGAGCCAAAAUGGCCGACCCCUGAGAAGCUCUGGGAUUGGGACAUGUGGAUGAGAAUGCCGGAGCAGAGGAGAAGCAGAGAGUGCAUCAUUCCCGACGUGUCGCGCUCCUACCACUUCGGCAUCAUCGGCCUCAACAUGAACGGAUAUUUCCACGAAGUGUAUUUCAAGAAGCACAAGUUCAACACGAUUCCCAACGUGCAGCUGAGGAACGUGGACAGUUUGAGGAAAGACUCGUACGAAGCGGAGGUCCAGAAGCUUCUGAGAGAGGCAGAGCUGCUAGACCACUCAAAGAAUCCCUGCGAGGACUCGUUUGUUCCGGACACUGAGGGGAAGACCUACGUCAUGUUCAUAAAGAUGGAGUCUGAGCUGGACACGUCCACCUGGACCGAGCUGGCUAAGUGCCUGCAUGUUUGGGACCUGGAUGUUCGAGGAUAUCACCGAGGACUCUGGCGGCUCUUCAGGAAAAGGAACCAUGUCUUGGUCGUAGCCGUGCCGAUCUCUCCGUACUCUGUGAAGAAACCGGCUGCUGUCACCCCCAUCCACCUAGAGCCCCCACCCAAAGAGGAGGGGGCGCCGGUGGAGCAGAUGUAGAGCCGAGGAUCCAAACAUCUGCCUGAUCCGUCACACAGCAGACAGAUGAUCCGGAGAACCAACCAGAACUCCCUCAGUGAUGAAUUCAAACAUGAGGAUUCCUGCUGGGAAACUGAGUUUCCAGAAACCUCGGAUCUCAGAACAGUUUGUUGAUGGUCAGAGACAUGAUCCGAAAUCCAGCUUGAAAUGGAGCAGAACCCAAACAUGGUCCGCGUUACUUGUUCAUGACACUAAACCCAGUUUGAACUGGGUCGUUAUGGAGCAGAACCCAAACUUAUGAAGCCUCUGGUUUUAGAGUUCUGUUUGCUUUUUAACACGUAGAACUUUUCAUUGUCAGAACAUUUUUUAGUCAACAUUUCAAACGAUUAAAGUUUUAAAGCGCAGAAACAUUUUGAUCCAAACGACCAAACAUGAAACACUUCUGUUUGUUUUCUACUAACAUGUCUGAUUUCAGCAGAACUUUAACUGGACCUGUAUUUAACAGCUUCAGAACAGAUUCAGAACUUCAAAUUAGUGCCGUUAGUGGUUUGACCUGAGCUUCAGGAUGAGCUGAGGAAGUUCUUCCAGAAAGGAGAACAUGAAUGUCUUCUUACUCGUCAUGUCGUGAUUUUUACGGAACGAUUGGAAAAUGUCUGCUGAUUUUCCAACAAUCAGGAGAUGAUGAAACCUUCGAGUGGAACCAGCCUGAACGGAAACAUCAGAACCCAGUCUCACUUUUCUGCCCUCUGGUGGCCGUUCGGGACAUGCCAGCUUCUUGCAGAGUAAUGUACAUCUCCUCACUGGUCCGUCUGCAUGAGAUCCAGAUCACAUCCAGACAGGGAUUCCCUCUGGCUGCUGAGAUGUUUCUGUCUGAGGUUAUUAAACCAAAUUCAUUUCUCUCCAACCCUGAGGUUUCAGAAACAAACUAAGAAAUAAAUCCUGGAUCAGGACUUUAGAAGCUAUAGUUUGACAGCCUGUAUCUCAGGUGUUCAGGAUGGGAGUAAAAUUAGUUCUUAUUGAUAAAACAUUUUUAGAUUUUACUGCAUGUGGUUCCCCUGAAGCGAUAUGAGGAAACUCGUCAACCGGAGCAACAGAACCUGUAGCGGUUUGCUGAUCGGGUCAGUUUUCAGGAGAAAAACCUUUUAGGAUAGUAUAUAUUUUUAACGUUUAAUUCCAACCAUUCAGGAAGAUUUUCCAGGUUGGGUUUAAAUUUAAGUCUAAACUCAGAUCUGCAGUGUUACAGGACCUGGGUUCUGGUCUUUUAGUCGUCCCAGUUUUCAGUCGGACAGUUUUUGUAUUUUAAUUUGCAGUGAAGUAACGAGGAACUCUGUCAGUUGUCUUGGACUGAACGUUUCAGAUGUUUUUCCUUCUCAGACUGAAUAAAGAUUUUUUAAACAGA